GUGCUGAAUAAAGCAGGUAUCAUUUAUGUGCAUAACAUUUGAGGAGUCUUACUACAUUUGCUUGAUAUUUCAAGUAUCUUUUGCUAGUCCAUUCAAGAAUUCUUUGCAUUGCAUAGAUUGAACAGUUGAAUACAUAUCUUUGAUACGCCAUUCAUUAUGGGUAACAAAGGUAAACUUAAGGCCAAUGAGGGCCAACGUGGUGGUAAACAAUCAUGGGCUACACAUGCAACAUCUGCUUCGAAGAAAGGACCAAUCUGGAAACAAGCCCCGAAGAAAUUUGUUCCUGAGAUUCCUGAUGAAACGAAUACAUGGAUUUGGCCUUCUCUGGAUCAGCAAAAAUCACAAGCUGGAAAUGAUUCUGCAAAGCCUGCCUACAGUAAUCCUGAAAAGAUAAUUGAUAAUUUCACCAAGAUUACACUUGCUACGGGUUCCACUUCAAACAAGUUUGUCUUGAGGUAUUAUACCAAUAACUCUGUACCUGCCAAAGGAUCUAUUUGGGAGCAUCCUCCUCUUCCUGGCACUACCAAAUUUCAGGCUCUUUCUGACCUGGAUCCAACAGCAUGGGAUACUGUACCCGAAAAUGCAAAAUGGUCUACGCUCCCUGCAUGUGCCAUCAAUCCUGCGCUCAGAUCAGUUGAAGUUCCAUGGUGCACCAAAAAGAGAGCAAUUGCAAUCCUCACCCGGGCAGCUUUCCCAAGUCCAGACAUUGUAGUCUCUGCUAAUUCGACAAGUCCACCAGCUAUUUCGGGUCCUUGUGCUAUAGUACCAACUAAUGUUGCAUUUGCAACUCCUCCCGAGCAGGAAAAUCCUAACAAUAUGUUUGCAAAUCCUGAUUGGGGCGUUCGACCUGCAGUAGUUGCUGAGAAAGAUGCUGGUGCAGAAAAUGCUUGGGACGAUAUACCAAAAGCCAUAGAACCAACAGAGCCUUUCCCCAAUUUGGUCCACUGGCCUUUCACAGGUGAAAAAGAUAGAUUCAAGAAGUUGGUUUCGGUGGGAAUGUUUUGCUUUAACUGGAGGGAAAAUGUAUUCAAGCAUCCAGAACACAAGCAAGAGCAAAGUGCAUUGAUCAAAGUACUUAGAAUCGAAGGUAUUGAUGCCAUUCUCCUCAAAUAUAUUUGGGAAAACCAUAGCAAUGCUUCUGCCUUUUCACGUACGAGUCAGAAAUCAUGGAUUGUCUUGAUGCGUGUUACCGGAAUUUGGGACAUGACUGGAGGUUCUUUUGAGGGAUGCGAUAAACCUCGAGGGGAGAGUGAGUUCCAAGCUAGAGCAUCUUCAGUGGUUGUCGUCACACCUACUAAGGAUACCGAACCUAUCAACUAUGUUACUCAAAUCAAGAAUUUGAAUAAGAUGUGUCUUGCGAUGCAUAACUUUAGUGAAUUUCUCCAAAACAUUCAAUUACAUCACGUUCCCUUCCUCACCACCCACAUUCUCGCAUUAGUCAUUCCCGAAAUGCGCAAACUUAAAACCCUCGGUGUUUACAACUGUGAAUUGAUUCAUCUAGGCGAUGGUAUCGAACUCCUCAGCAUCAUCACACGCGAUCGUCUUCGAGGUUGCGAACACCAAGUCGAUUUAGAUUUCUAUCCAGCAUACCAUGUUGGUCCGUAUCCUUUCCAUCAAGCUGGUGAUCAGAAAGGGGAGAGAAGAUUAGGUGGAGAGUAUUCAUAUGGUGUUUCUUGGGAUGAUCCUGGAAUGCAUGUUGCGGAUAUUCGGAUUGCAAUCUGGCAGGAGGUUCACAGUCUUCUUCGUCAGACGAGAGCGCAAGGUAUUGAUUUCGUUUCUAAACACACGAUGUUUAGACAAUGGUUGGAUAAGUCACCGUGUAUGCUGGUAGAGGAAACUCUCAAGAUCCUCAUGGAUGAUGAAGUAACGGUCGAUCACGUUAUUGCUCAUGUUGCAUACGGAGAUUUCGGUGGCAAGGUUGAGAAAUUCCACGAGGCGUUAAAUGGAAAAGGUAUUGCGAAUAAGACCGAGGGUGUGAGAUGGAUGUCACAAGGAUUCCAAUGUUGUCAAUGCGAACAUCUCCUCCCCGGAGUAUGGUUUUCGUACCAAAUGAUCCGAAACUACAAGUUAGAUGGGGUAGACCAACCCACCUGUCAAGCCUGCAAGUUAUUCCAAUACCUCAGCCAGGAAACCGACCACUACAAACGCGAAAAGUUCCAAAUCGUCAAAGCCUGGUGUUGGGAGCCUCCCAUUCCCAGUAUUCCGGGAUUGCCAGUCCAGGGAGAAUGGAACACUAACGAUAUCGGUAAAUUUCUGCGCAUCUUCAAGACUACACCUCAGGGCAGCUGGAUCAGAGAACUAGCCCGCACGCUGCAGAAAAUGAGAGAGCUCGAUGAGAGUCGUCAAAAUUUUCACGAGAUCGAUGAGGUGCAGAGACCAAUCAGCAAUCAGGCUUUGGGUAGGAGAGGCGCGUAUGGAAUUCGCGCAGCGACGGUUCAGGAUAAAUUGUGGAUUGAGAGUGGGAGAAAACACGGCGAGUGGGAUUCUUUCCGCGAAGAUCGGAUCAAUGGUCAUGGUGUACCUGCUACUUUUAGAGGGCACUGGUAGUUGGGUUUGGAUCUUAUGAGAUUGAUAGGAUGGGAUUUAUUGCUCUGCUUUGAUUCAUCUCCAUGACGAUGUUUUUUUUUUCUUUUUUUUUUUCGAUACGAAACUACGUACAUGCAUGUCCUACAUCUCAACAAGCAGUGAACUUUCAUCCUCGCUCCAAUAUGCAAUCCCCAGGUUUUUUCCUUUCUAAAGAAAAAAGAAUUCUCCAUUGUAUAACACAGAGAUCAUCAAGAUAUCAACCAUAGAUCAUGAAUAUCCUCCUUCGUCUCACUUCCCACUCCUACUCCAACUCCAGCGAUAUCGAUCAAACCACUUCUCGAACGAACUGGAACAUGCAUCCGCAAUGAAACUUGCACAAUUUGGUUGAAGCGGGGGGGCUCACACUCACUGAUUGAAGUUGCUUACACACAGGUGGUACUCUUUCUUCUCUUCUCCUUUGGCAAAAAACUCUUGCUUUUAUCCCAAUCCCAAUACGAUACCACACGACAUGAUACGAUACGAUACGAUGCAAACAACAAAAUCCCCUUGCCUUCUAAUUAAAUCCUUCCAUUACACUACACUACACUACAGCAAAGAUGUCGAGAUCGGUGAUCGGUGAUCAGUGAAGAAGAGGAGAGAAAGAUCUACACACACACAUACAUCUAUUUAUUUCUUUAUUUCGUUGGCCAGAUUUUUAUUUCAUCUUAUUUCAUUUUGUUCGUGAAGAAUAGAUGCUAGAUGAAUGCGUGGAUGGGUGGAGUUCUGGAGGAUGGAAAAGAAGUUUUUUUUUUUUUUUUUUUUUUUUUUUUUCUGAUUGCUUGCUUGCUUGCUUGCUUGCUGGUAUCGAGUUAUUGGCGUUGUUUUAGUUUGGUUUACUCUUUUUUCUUCUUUCUUUCUAUUUACUUGAUUUUCUCUUGCGUAUUGAAACCCUAAAUAAUGAAUAAUGACCAAUCGGGAAGGAGGAUUUAGAUAGAUAGUUUUCACUUCUUUUAUUUUGUUUUAUGAUUCUGGUCUUUGGGGUGAAUUCGCUCAUUUCUUUCUUUUCUUUGCCUUGAUAGAUGCAUAUGUUGCGUUGCUUUGCAUUGCAUGGAAUUCAAUUAUUACACA